UUGUAUAUAUAGGAAAUCUGUGGCAUUUGAGGUUUGAAUUGACGUACCUAAUUUCAAUUUUGACAACAUGGUUAAACAGCUAAGUCCUAAGUUGAUUGUGUUAAUGUGUUGUUUUGUAAUUUGUGGUUCUAAACUUCUAAUUGCAGUUAACAUACAAUUAUAAAUGCAUUUGUAAUAAACAUUUGAGUUAUACAAAAUACACAAUAUCUAAUAAUUAUAUCUUUGUAACUUAAAAAUGUCUUUGGCCGACGAAUUACUAGCAGAUUUAGAAGAAAACGAUGAUGGAGAGUUGGAAGCGAUAAUUGAAACAAAAACAGAUAACACUGAUUCCCACGAAUUUAAGGCUCCAUUUCCUGUUAUACCAAAAGAAGAAGAAAUUAAAAAUGUAUCUAUCAGAGAGUUGGCCAAGCUUCGUGAUUCAGAACGUUUGAAGAGAGUCAUAAGUGAAAUUGAGCAAAAUGUUGGAAAUGAUAGAAAGAAAAUUGAAGUCACCGGAUUAAUGGAGUCUGAUCCUGAAUAUCAGUUAAUCGUUGAGGCUAAUAACAUAGCUGUUGAAAUUGAUGGUGAAAUUGCUAUUAUUCACAGAUUUGUUCGAGACAAAUACCAAAAAAGGUUUCCAGAAUUGGAAUCCUUGAUAAUAACUCCAUUAGAGUACAUACGUACAGUCAAAGAAUUGGGAAAUGAUUUGGAUAGAGCUAAAAAUAAUGAAACAUUGCAGAGUUUCCUCACUCAAGCUACUAUUAUGAUUGUGUCUGUUACUGCCUCGACAACACAAGGGAAGCUGUUAUCAGACAAGGAACUGCAAGAGAUCUAUGAGGCAUGUGAAAUGGCAGCGGAGUUAAACAACUUUAAAUCAAAAAUAUAUGAAUAUGUCGAAAGCAGAAUGACAUUUAUAGCUCCAAAUAUAACAGCUAUUGUGGGAGCAUCAACAGCAGCUAAAAUUCUUGGAGUAGCGGGUGGCCUAUCAAAAUUAUCAAAGAUGCCAGCUUGUAACGUACUGCCUCUUGGACAACAAAAGAAGACCUUGUCGGGGUUCUCUCAAGCUGCAUCAUUGCCUCAUACUGGGUUUCUGUACUUCUCACAAAUUGUACAGGAUACGACACCUGAACUACGUUACAAAGCUGCUAAGCUAGUAUCAACUAAACUAACGCUGGCCGCCCGAGUCGACGCGUGCCACGAAAGUACAGACGGAAGUAUCGGACGAAUGCUUCGGGAGGGAAUCGAGAAAAAGUUAGACAAACUACAAGAACCGCCGCCGGUGAAGUUCGUGAAGCCACUGCCUAAGCCCAUCGAGCAGAGUCGUAAGAAGCGCGGGGGCAAGAGAGUUCGCAAGAUGAAGGAGCGCUACGCGAUGACAGAGUUCCGCAAGAACGCCAACCGUCUAAACUUCGCCGACAUUGAAGACGACGCUUACCAAGAAGAUCUGGGUUACACGCGCGGAACGAUCGGCAAAUCUGGCACCGGACGAGUUCGACUUCCGCAAAUAGACGAAAAAACAAAAGUUCGGAUAAGCAAAACGUUGCAGAAGAAUCUACAAAAGCAGAAUCAGCAAUAUGGCGGAGCUACCAGUAUAAGGAGACAGGUUUCUGGUACUGCGUCCUCGGUCGCCUUCACGCCUUUGCAGGGACUAGAAAUCGUCAAUCCUCAAGCAGCUGAAACACGAGUUAAUGAAGCAAAUGCAAAAUACUUCUCAAACACGUCUGGGUUUUUGUCAGUGGGAAAACAGACUACAUAAGAGAAGAAUGGGAGGACACAAUAUAAUGAGACUGUGUAGCUGGUUAGCAACACGAAAAAAAUGCACGUUGCAUCAUUACUUAAGUGUGUAUAAAUAAAAUGUUAUGUUACGGUCAUUACUCCUGCGAUUGUGUGAUUUGUGAAAAAAGUCAUUAAUGUAUUUUGUGUUGGUUACUUUAUACUUCCAAUAUGUAAGAUUUUUUCUUAACCAAAUAUAUCAAAU